AUGGCUCUGAUCUGGGAAAAGGGCCCAGAAUUUCGAUUACUGAACGCCCACAGCGCUCAAGAAGACACUCACGAUGGCCAGAGCGACGGCGACGGGAAUGGUUUGGUCAAAAAGGGUGGCGGCCUUGGUUCAGGGCCUGCAGCGUCGGCGCUUGUCGCCGUCGGCAACGACGAGGAAAUGGACUCGUCAACGAUGCCCGUGGCUGGGUUGAACGGCCUUGAACCUCACGGAACCAGGUUGCUUGAUCCUGUGUCAAUACGGGGCUCUAGUAACCAGGGGAAUGAAAAGAAUGGGAGAGACGAUGAAGGUAUGGAGAUUUCGCUUAAUUUGAACGCACGGAUAACCUCUUCCGAUUCAGUUGCACCCACGGAGCCUACCUCAAAUCCCACCCUGACCGGGACUUCACCAGGAAGUGUUUCUGUUGCCGAUUUUAUCACAGAAAAUCGUGCUGCCAUCUGGGGAGAUGGUGCGUCGAAGAAGGGGCGCAAGCCACGCAAAGACAAGGGGGUGAAAAGAGGACCACGCAAGGCAAAACCAGCCUUAGACACCUCGACAAUCUCUGCUGCCCACGAGCAGGCCAGUGCCGCAGAUCCAGCUCCCAACCCAGUGGAAGUAUCCGCAUCUACCGUGACACGAAAGCCUGGUGGUCAGAAGAAGAAAGCAGCUUCUCCGGCAAGCAUUGUAAAGGCACCUUCUCCAAUGCCUUCGGUUGGCCCCUCUGAACCCUCACUACCACUGGGAGGCGUGGUGUCUGGACGUCUUUCGGGACAGGGUACAACACCAGGGAUAGACGUUGCGGAACCUUUCACAGCGGAGACCGUCCCUAAUGAUAUUCCUGUUGAUUCCUCGGCGACUGCACCACCGACGGAUAACCCCGAACAGACCAAGAAGCGUAAGGGGAGGCCGAAGAAGAAUCCACAACAGACACUGGGCGUUGAAGACAUAUUGGACAUCAGGCCUCCCGUCGAAGAUGAACUUUCAAAGUGCAACCAAACCUGGAAGGUCGCUGCAUCCUCACUACCCGCCAAGCCUACUUCUGCCUCAAUUCAUGGGCUCGAUAAGAAGGGAAAGGGGAAAGAGCGACCGCCGUUGAAGCCCCGUGUCUGGACCUCAUCGAAGACUGAGCUUCAAGCCGCAGUCCCCGCCUUCACGAAGGACACGAAUGGCGUCUGCUGGACACACUGCGAAACGGUGGUCGUUAUCCUAGACGAUGACGCUGGCGAUCCUCGAAAGUCUACCAUUCCUUCGAGGAGCAUCGAGAUGAUACCCGUUCCUGAUGGAGGGGAUGUAGUCUUCGAUCUUAUUUUGACGAGAGCUCUAGUUCCGGUAGCCGCCUCGGCGAAGAAAAAUCUAGCGCCUAUGGUUUCCGUGGAGAAGGGCGACGGUGAUGUCCCCACCGCCGACCCCUCGAUGCCGAUCACAGUCCCCACCCAGCCUGACCCACCACCUGUUGAAACCGGCCAGGGGACGCCAGCCCCAGGUGAAAAGCAGCAAGACAGAGACGCACCGAUUUCGGAGGAACCCCUAUCCUUGGACUACCCUCCAGACCCGGAUCCGCCAACCCACCCCAGAAUCGCCACUGACCUACUGGAUCCGGUGUUGUCGACUCGCGCUGCCGAGGCUGCCCAACGUCAGGCCCAGUCGAGUGAGCGGCUCCAGAAGGCGUUUGAGGAUUUUGAAAGGACAGUAGAGGAGAGCGCUGAUGCAUUUAUUGCGAGGCUAGCACCGGUCUUCGACACAGACGCGGCGCUCGCAGGAGGCGUGAAGGAGGACGGGUCACUACAACCGCCGGUCUGCAGCAGUAGAACUGCCGGAGAUAUCCGCCCAGCCAUUCUCGCUACCAUCGAUUCCCAGAAAUCCAUUAUCGAGCCGUCCACCGAAUCGGCACCGCCCACACUCCUCCCAGCGACCGCUUCCGCGCUUACACCUGACGUCAACUUCUCUGUGUCAGCGUUGCACUUAUCCAAAGGCGACCCUUCUCCCGCCGAUCCCAGCACGAUCUCCGUCAAAACUGCCUCCAAGCGACGCAAACCAUUAGCUCAGCAGAUGAUGGAGAAUACCACUCUUCGACGGUCUGGGAGAGCUACUGGGAACCGGUAUCGUACGACCAAACAAGCUUGGACUCAGGAAAGCACGGGGCCACGCCGGUCUGGAAGAGCCACAGCGAACCCAUACCGGUCAGAACACCAGUCGGCGCCUGUGGUUGUUCGGGUUAAGCGGGUAGAGAGGUCGACCAAACAGUCCAUCCAAUCUGCUUCAGCUUCUGCGCGGCAGUUCCGGUCUCGUUGGAAGCAACCCGUUGGAAAGGAUAGUGUCACCUCGAUCUCUGCACCAUUGCUUCGGAAGAGGAAACGACCCAAGCUCCCGCCUUUGGAUAUCCACGCCGCGUUGGAUGCGACAUUUACCCUCGACUUGGAGCUCUUGUCCCCGCUCUCCCCGAUCGCCUCAGAUGACGACGGUGAAGUCAAGGCGGUCGCCAAAGCUGAGCAGAGACGUAAAAGACUGGGAAAGAGGAAACAGCGACCUGUCACCGCGCCAACGAGGGUUUCGAAGAGGUUGAGGGUUAUGAGAGGGGAGAUGGACGAACAGGACGCGAUGGCGGCGAAUUUCGUGGAGGUGAAGGAAGAGGUUGAAGUCACAGUUAAGGUGAAGCGCCCGCGAACGAUGAAGAAGGCGAGGGGUGAUGACGUGCACAAGGAGGACAAACCAGCAGAGUUACCCAUGGAGCAUGCGCCAACCACUGCGGACGACACGACCACAAUCGCUCAAGCUCUGAAAAACGAACUUUCUCCAGCGCACCGGAUGGUGCCAUCUGAACAGGCACUCGCGAAGCUGGAGGACUUAGCACCCCUACCCACCAUCCCUUCAGCGACCACCCCUCCAGUUUCUGUAGCCGAGGUUGACACCUCAGUUGCACAAGCCUCCAUCUCGACCCCGCCCGUAGGGCAUGUGUCGACCCCUGCAGAAGACACGACUGUGAUACUUCAAGUUCCCCAAAACGAACAGUCACCCGCACAUCAGGUGAAGCCAACUCAACCACCGGGGGAGGUAGCACCUCCAGUCACCAUCCCUCCAGCUACCACCCUACCAGCUGCUGUAGCUGAUGUGGACAUUAUAGUUCCGCGACCGUUCAUAUCGACUCCUCCAGUCCUAUCCGAAACUUUGACUCUCGAAGUCACCACCAUCAUGGAAAAGGCUCAGCGAGCCUCGCUCUCUCUUCCGUCGCUUCCUAUGGAAGUCCGUACCAUCAUCGACGCCUUCAUCCAAGACUCGCCGGUCUCUAUCAUCGCUUCCCGUGAACGAACACGGGAACUCCUUCCAGGCGGAUCGAAAACCCUUUUGGAUACUGAGUUUGGUUAUGCUUAUCUUGGACUUUUCAAGGUUCUUGGUUUAGAGGAGAAACCAGUCGUGCGAAGUGGUGGCGGAAGUGACUUAGCGGACCCGUUGACGGUGGAGUGGCGGUUCCGCGUACAGUGGAAUGUUGGAGGAGAGACUAUCGUUAAGCAUGAAGAGGACGUAUCUCGUCCAUGGUGGAAAGACUCGAGUAUAUCCUCAUUGAAGUUGCAGUCGUCGACCAUGAUGGAUGUGUGUGGUGAACGGAACGAACCCACCCUGUCUACCGCGACCACCGCCGUUGAGUCCUCUUCCUCUGGAGGAUCCACUCGGCGUCCAAGCGAAGAAACAAUGGACACCUCGCUGGUACCCCAUCCUAGCCCACCUCGCAUCCUUAACGACCUCACAACACCCCCGCUGUACAUGCGAGCCAAGAUGGAGCAUCCGAACUGGAACCUCCGGGACAUACCACAUUGGGAUAUGUAUUUCUCGUUGGUCCCAUCUUCGAUGUUGGCUGGGCUGGACUCCUGUAUACCGGAUGACGCGUUCCCUACUGGCUGGUUCUGCUCCGAGUGUGGGAUGGUCAACUUUCAGCGGGCGAUGAGGCAUCGCAGAUGUGGAAGCAAAGCGUGUUCUGAGCGCCCACCCGAAGGAUACUCCAGGGAACUUGCUGACAUUCGUGGACCCCACGGGAUGGUACCUGUUCCUUCGCCUUAUAACGAGUUCCCCAAGGAAUCUGUCACCUCCUUCUCGACGAAAUGGAAGAAUGGAAUGCAGACAUUCUCGUAUUAUCUCGAUGGCGAUCAGAAGAAGGUUUUCGUCAAGCACGUCUUCACGGCCAACGUCGCCAAGUUUCAGAAACCGGCUACGAAUUUGCUCGUCGAGAUUCAGAAGAACGUGGAGCUGUUGAGAGUGGCUGGGGACAGUGGCAAUCCUUACUUCGUUCGCAAUUAUGACUUGCCAAUAGAGCAAGCACUAGGCCCGUCAGAUGCUUCAAAUAGCACCCCAGAUCGAGGAUCCUCCGCCACAAAUCCCGAAUGUAUUGUCCAAGCUCGAAAUGUCAUGGUAUCGCGCUCUAGGAAUUAUGCCGAGGUAUCCGGGGAUGUGAUGAAGAUCAACCGUCUGGAGAUCGUCGGUUGGGUGGCUGCUGGAUCGCGUCGGAACCACCCCACCCUUCGUGCAAAGGAGAGCCCUGUUGCAGUGCUGUGUCUGGGGUGCGACGUUGUGAUGACUGUGACACCUGCGGCAGAUAGGGCUGCUGUAAGUGCCCGGGUUCCUCGCGCGACGAAGCCGAAGAAGCCUAAGGGGAAGCCGGAGGCAGGGCAAGAACCUCAGGAGAGCAGUGCUCAACCGCUUCAACCUGACUUGGAUCAGCUCAUGCCCAUGGACGAAACCCCCGCAGAACCAGGACUGGAGCCACCAGCGACAGGCUCACCAGAUGAGCAGGUCUCUCCCCCGCUUCCACUCGAACCCGUUUCUGCGCCAGCACAGGCCUCAUCAACGGCUCCUGUUCCGAGAGACGUCAAGCUGACCAUGGUGCAUGGCGAUAUCGUCGUAUUUUAUGGGAGUGAAUUCGAGUAUUCCUUGAAGAGAGCUGGUCCUUCGAUUCUUGUAUUUGGGUCAUCAUAA